CAUGCAUGUGCAUGGGAAAAACAAAACAAAACGCCUAAGUGUGGGUGGCGAGUGCUAGAGCUGCGCAGUUUUUCAGCGAGCGUACUCGUCGCUUGCGGGUAAUCGAUAACCCGAAUUGCUGACGAGCGCACACACACACGCACACGCGAGUACACACAAAUGUGUGUUGUAUUGGAUUUUUUUCUCGGCGAUAGAACAUUUCGGAUUGCUGUGGUUUUCGCGAUUUCUGGAUUUCGGGCAUUUCCAGCAUCGAAUUGAGUGUCCAAAAUGAAUGAGGGGAGCCAGUACUCCAUCCACACGGUGUGCCGCACCUGCCUGUCCACCGUGGACGACUCGGCGGCCUACGAUCUGUUCCGAGUGCCCGGUCUGGCCAAAAAGCUGUGCGUUUGCACCUCCCUUUCCGUGGAGCAGGCGGAUGGCUUCCCCAAGAACCUGUGCACCCUCUGCUUCUCCAAGCUGAACGACCUGCACGACUUUCAGAAGCAGUGCGUCGAUUCGGUGCAAAAGUUCCAGGAUCUGGUGGCCAGCAACGCCUUCGCCUGCCAAACAAACUUCGAUGUCCUGGACACUAGCGCCGCCGUGGCGGAUAUGCCGGGCGAGGAGGAGGACAACGUCCACUUUGAUCCGCUUCUCAACUCCAAGAUCGAGAUCAUUGAGAACGAGGAGGACGUCUUUAAGAUGCUGGAGUCCGUCGAAAAGGAAGUCGAAGAGGUGGAGAUGGAGAUGGAACAGCCGUUUGGCCAAGGAUCGCACGAUGACUCCUAUGAGAGUGGCAACGACAACGACCUCGACGCAGACUACCAGCUCAGUAGUGACGACGACAUUCCACUGGCCCAGCGCAGCCGACGAGGAGCCACCCGUGGUUCCAAGGCAAAGGGCAAGCCGAAGUCGGCUGCCAAGCGGCAUGAGGAGGAGGAGGAGUCCGAGGAGACCAGCUCAUCAGAGGACUCCGACGGUAAUCCCAAGGACAAGCCCAAGCGCAAAAGGAUUCCAGCUACGGAGCGGGAUCGCCACCGUCUGAUUGACUGCCACAUCUGCCACCAGAAGUUCAAGAAGGCGAUUCGCUACGAGGAGCACAUGAAGCAUCACAACGACUUGCUACCCUUCCAGUGCACUGUCGAGAGUUGUCGGAAAGGCUUUACCACCGCCAAUGGACUACGUGUCCAUGUGGAACACGCCCACACGGAGACAUCGGCCAUGCAUCCGUGCACCUACGAGGGCUGCAAUAAGUCCUUUGCCCGCCCCGUGCUGCUCAGCUUCCACAUGAAACGUGUGCACAAGGUGGACACUCCACAGCGGGAUUUUCCCUGCACGGAGUGCGAGAAGGUCUUCCGCUGCCCCACUGCCCUCAAGAAGCACAUGUACAAGCACACGGGCGAGGAGCUGCCCUUCGCCUGCGAAAUUUGCGGCAAGCGCUUCCCCAUCAACAGUGUGCUGCGCGAUCAUCUCCUCCGACAUGCGGGCAUCAAGAAUCACGUGUGCCCGUACUGCGGAGUGGGCAAGACGACGCGCCAGGAGUGGAACAAGCACAUCUUGACCCACACGAAGGAGAAGAAGUACGAGUGCCGGCAGUGCGACCACGCCUCCCACAACAAACAGGCGUUGGCCAACCACGUUAAGGUGGUGCACGAGAAGCGCAAGGACUUCGCCUGCCAGUACUGCGGAAAGACUUUCGGCAAGAGCCACGCCUGUAAGAUUCACGAGCGCAGUCAUACCGGCGAAAAGUGCUGCGAGUGCAAGAUCUGCGGCAAGGUGUUCCUCUUCGAGAAGGGCCUCACCAAGCAUUUGAAAACGCACGAGAAACGUGAUCUGCCCAAGACGCAGGGUGCAAAUCCCUUGAUGGGCGACGGGGCCAGUGGAUCAUCAACAAUAGCUAAGCCCAGUCCGCACCUGCGUGGUCGCGUGGAGCGGGUGGACAUUGCCCAGCUGGCGGGAACGGUGGCCAAUCCGAUUCCAUCGGUCAACCUGCCCUCUUGGUCGCCGCAAGUGAACUUCACCAAGAAGGAGGGCCAGCACAUCUGCCCGGAUUGCGGCAAGGGCUUCAAUCACGUGAGCAACAUGAAGCUGCACUACAAGGUGGUGCACCAAAAGGUCAAAGACUUCUGCUGCCGCUUCUGCCCGAAGAGAUUCGCCAAGAAGCAGUAUCUGCGGCACCACGAGUACAUUCACACUGGCGAAAAGCCCUACGAGUGCAAGGUGUGCGGCAAGCAUUUCCGGCAGGAGCAGGUGCUCAAGACGCAUAUGAAGGUUCACGACAAGCCGCCCCGUCCGCCGGGCAAGCCCAAGGAGCCGGCGGGACCCAAGGCGGAGUCCAGCACCGCGGUGAAGCGCCAGCAGCCGAAGAAUUUCGAGCAGUACCAGGAUCCGGCGGCGGAAAGGGCUGCGGCCACCGCCGAAUUGCUGGCCUACCAAAUCGAGGAGAACGAGGCCAAGCGCAAGGCGGAGGCGGAGCUUCGCAAGAUCCAGGAGGCUGCGUUCGAGCAGCUGAACAAGCUGCAGAAGCAGACAAACACGUACGACGGCUUCUACGCUCAGAAGGCGGAGGCGGAGGGCACCUCGGUGGACGCACUGAAGUUGGACCAUGUAUGAGCGGCAGAAUCAACCGGAAAUACGUGCGAACAAAUCGGAAACUGUUUACGCAUCCGUUUCCGAUCCUUUCAUUAUGUGUUUCUAUGAAGGACAUAUGAGUUAUAGGUCUCUAAGGUUUACCAACUAGUUUCCGUCACUUUGCAAACAUGUUUUGACAUUUUUUGUAUUUAAACCCCCCUUUAAACUGCUUAA